AUGGAUGCACUGAGGCGGGCUCUGGGGCUGCGGCGCCCUGUGGCCCACAGCGAAAAUAAGGUGCUGCUGAAGAAUCUGAACGAAGAAGGCAACCCCCAAGUGACGAAUGUAAAGGCAGAGGAUUAUCCCAUCCCGAAAAAGUACCUAGAAGACCCAGAAAAAAUACCCAAGUAUUACGUCUUCCAGUCUAAUAUGGUUACCGAUGAAGAUUUACAACCUGGGAUGUUACGACAGUUGGAAGUUGACAAACGAUUAACUCUCCCCACGAGGACUCAUAUUUCUUUUUUGGUAACAGCCACGGAUGUUAUUCACUCCUGGUCCAUCCCAAGCCUUGGUAUUAAGGCAGAUGCCAUUCCAGGGCGGCUACAUAAAGUUACUACCUUCAUAUUGAGGGAGGGUGUGUACUAUGGGCAAUGCUCCGAAAUGUGCGGCACGCUCCACGGGUUUAUGCCGAUCGUUGUGGAGGCAGUGUCCCCUGAGGCCUACGCCGCACACGCGAAGAAGUACUACAGGGAUUAG